AUGAAUGGAAAAUCAUAAUCGAUACUUUAACAAUAACUUGGAACUUUACAACCAAAUUUCAGAAAUCAUAAUCUAAAUUGGAACUUAUAUUAUGAAAAUCUUGUCAUUUUUAAUGUUUCAAAAUAAACUUUACAUUUUAGGGUACACCUAUCUAUUGGGUAAUGAAAUCAGAACCAAUUAUAUUAUUAAUACAUGGAGCAGGACAUUGUGCAAUGACCUUUGCAUUAUUAAUAUAAGAACUUAAAACUUUUUGUAGUUGCUUCUCUUAUGAUAUUAUUUCUCAUGGUUUAUCUUAAAGAAAUGAAACUCUCACAAUAAAAAAUUUGAUAUCAGAAUGUGAAUCAGUUAUAGAAUUUAUCAGAAUCAAAAAUCCAAAUACGAAUAUUAUAUUACUAGGUCAUAGUUUAGGUGCAGCAAUAGCAUCAAAAAUAAAGCAUUAAUCUUACAUAAGAGGGUUAAUAGUAAUUGAUAUGAUUGAAAGUAAAGCUUUUGAAAGCAUUUAAAUAAUGGAUUAUUAAUUAAGAAAAAGGCCUAGUUUAUUCAGUUCAUAUUCUAGUGCAAUAAAUUAUCAUGUAUAUAAUAAUUUAAUACGGAAUCCGAUAUCAGCUUAAAUAACAGUUCCUCAUUACUUAAAUGAGAAUUUAGAAUGGAAAGUAGAUUUAAUAGGAACAAAGUAAUAUUGGGAAUAAUGGUUUGAGGGAAUCUAAAAUGGAUUUGAUACAUUUCCUUAUUAAAAAAUGCUGUUUAUUGCAGAGAGUGAUAGAAUACCUACAGAUUAAUUUCUUAAAUCAAGAUAUCCAAUUCAUUUAUUUGAAAAGUCUGGUCAUAAUAUUCAUGAAGAUGAACCUAUUAGAAUGGCUAAACAUAUUUCUGAUUUUAUAUAUCAACAAAGAGUGCCUAUUAAUUCUUGUGAAAUAGAGAAACUAAAAUAAUUGGGAAUCAUUGGUUUUAGACCCAAAGUAUUAUAAUAUAAAAUUGAAUUAAAAGAUAUCAUUUGA